AUGAAGUUCUCACUCCUCACCCUCGCAUCCGUCGUGCCAAUGGCCGCGGCACACUUCAAGCUGAUGUACCCCACUUCCCGUGGCUUCGACGAGGACACCAUGUCCAACUUCCCCUGCGGUGGCAUGAGCCAAUCCUCCAACCGCACCAAGCUCCCAUUGAGCGGCGGUUCCUUCCCCGUUGCUUUGGAGAUGCACCACGCUCAGACUGCCGUCGAGGUCCUCCUGUCUCUUGGCAGCGACCCCGGUGAUAAUUACAACAUUGUCCUCGCGCCUACUUUCCAGGUCAACGGAUUGGGCGAGUUCUGUCUGCCUCAUGUUGCUAUCACUGAGACGCUCAUUGGCCGCAACCUUACCGAUGGCAUGAAUGCUACUCUUCAAGUUCAGACUAAUGGUGAUCCUUCUGGUGGUCUUUAUGCUUGCGCCGAUAUCCAAUUCUCCGCCGAUAUCACUUACGAGAAGCCCUCUGCUUGCAGCAACAACACCAACCUUGCCGCCACUGCCUUCCCUGCUUCUUCUGCUGCCCGCAACGCCAAUGAGUCUACUGCUGAGGGUCAGGCACAGAGUGGUUCUUCUUCUACUACUACUACUACUACCUCUACCUCCAAGGGUGCUGCUGUACCUAUGCAGACUGCUGCUUGGGGUGUGCUCGGUGCCGCUCUGAUCGGGGGUAUGGCAGUGCUGUAA